CUCUUAGCGAGUUUUCUCUCUCUCUCUGGCACGCGCUCCCAUCCUCCUUGUUUACUCCUCGCUCACUCUAGCUUCCUCUCUCGCUGUCAGCUACCGGUUAUGUCACCAGCGCAUUGCGCAGUAGCAUGACGUCAGGGGGAGGUGCUGGCGUCGGUGAUUACGAGCUGUUCAGUCAGUCAGCUGAGGGUGGGGAAUCCGGGGUGAGGGAGGCGGGGAGCUGGGGAGAGGGGGGAAAAAGAUGGCGGACCAAAUCCCGCUGCAUCCGGUGCCGCGCAGCACCCAACGAAGGGCAGCUUAUUACAACAACGCCUCAGGCGCGCAAAGGCAUAACAGGUACCAAGUAGAAGAUGAAUCCUCUCAUUUGGAUGAAAUGCCCCUAAUGAUGUCUGAAGAAGGCUUUGAAAAUGAUGAAAGUGAUUACCAUACUCUGCCAAGAGCCAGGAUUUCUCAGAGAAAAAGAGGCUUAGAAUGGUUUGUCUGUGGUGGCUGGAAAUUUCUUUGCACCAGUUGCUGUGAUUGGCUCAUAAAUGUUUGCCGGAGAAAGAAAGAACUCAAAGCACGAACAGUUUGGCUUGGGUGUCCUGAAAAAUGUGAAGAAAAGUAUCCAAGAAAUGCUAUAAAAAAUCAAAAAUAUAAUAUCUUUACAUUUAUACCUGGGGUUUUAUAUGAACAAUUCAAGUUUUUCUUGAAUCUUUAUUUUCUCGUUGUCUCCUGCUCACAGUUUGUACCGGCGCUGAAAAUAGGCUACCUCUACACCUAUUGGGCUCCUCUGGGAUUUGUUUUGGCUGUCACAGUGCUACGGGAAGCAGUUGAUGAAUUUCGUCGUUACCAGCGAGACAAGGAAAUGAACUCUCAGUUAUAUAGCAAGCUUACGAUACGAGGUAAAGUGCAAGUUAAAAGCUCAGACAUUCAAGUUGGAGACCUCAUCAUAGUGGAAAAGAAUCAGCGAAUCCCAUCUGACAUGGUGUUUCUGAGAACGUCUGAAAAAACAGGUUCAUGUUUUAUCCGAACUGAUCAGCUAGAUGGUGAAACAGACUGGAAACUAAAAGUUGCUGUUAGUUGCACACAGAGGUUGCCAGCUUUAGGGGAUCUUUUUUCAAUCAAUGCAUAUGUUUAUGCUCAGAAGCCUCAAAUGGAUAUUCACAGCUUUGAAGGUAACUUUACACGGGAUGACAGUGAUCCAACUGUUCAUGAAAGCCUAAGCAUAGAAAAUACAUUAUGGGCGAGCACUGUUGUUGCUUCAGGAACAGUAAUUGGUGUUGUCAUUUAUACUGGAAAAGAGACUCGUAGUGUAAUGAACACAUCCAAUCCAAAGAAUAAGGUUGGUUUGCUGGACCUUGAACUGAAUCAACUGACCAAAGCACUGUUCUUGGCUCUAGUUGCACUUUCAGUUGUUAUGGUAACCUUGCAAGGGUUUGUGGGUCCAUGGUACCGCAAUCUAUUUCGGUUUCUCCUCCUUUUUUCCUACAUAAUCCCUAUCAGUUUACGUGUGAACCUUGAUAUGGGCAAAGCAGCUUAUGGAUGGAUGAUAAUGAAGGAUGACAAUAUACCCAGAACAGUUGUCCGGACUAGCACCAUACCUGAAGAACUGGGACGUCUGGUGUAUUUACUAACAGAUAAAACAGGUACACUGACCCAGAAUGAGAUGAUAUUUAAGCGCCUCCACCUAGGCACUGUGUCAUAUGGAACAGAUACAAUGGAUGAAAUUCAGAAUCAUAUUAUCAAUUCGUACUCUCAGAUGCAUUCCCAAUCCAGUGGAAACACUACCAGCUCAACACCUUCCAGAAAGAUGCAGCCUUCAGCACCUAAAGUCCGCAAAACUGUCAGCAGUCGAAUACAUGAAGCAGUAAAAGCUAUUGCGUUGUGUCACAAUGUUACACCUGUGUAUGAAUCCCGAGCAGGUGUGACUGGAGAAACAGAAUAUGCAGAAGUCGAUCAGGAUUUCAGUGAUGAAAGUAGAACUUAUCAAGCUUCCAGCCCUGAUGAGGUAGCACUGGUGCAAUGGACAGAGAGUGUUGGUCUUACUUUGGUGAACAGGGAUCUGAUUUCAAUGCAACUGAAAACCCCGGGUGGACAAAUUUUGACAUACUACAUUCUGCAAAUUUUUCCUUUUACAUCUGAGAGCAAGCGGAUGGGAAUCAUAGUGAGGGAUGAAACUACAGGUGAAAUCACGUUUUACAUGAAAGGUGCAGAUGUUGCAAUGUCCUCCAUUGUUCAAUAUAAUGACUGGCUAGAAGAGGAGUGUGGUAACAUGGCAAGAGAAGGACUACGCACACUGGUUGUGGCCAAGAAAUCAUUAACAGAAGAACAGUACCAGGAUUUUGAGAAUCGAUAUAACCAAGCAAAAUUAAGUUUACAUGACAGAGCCCUCAAGGUGGCUGCAGUUGUGGAGAGUUUGGAAAGAGAAAUGGAAUUACUGUGUCUUACUGGAGUUGAAGACCAAUUACAGGCUGAUGUUAGGCCUACUCUGGAGAUGCUACGAAAUGCUGGAAUAAAGAUAUGGAUGUUAACAGGAGAUAAACUGGAGACUGCCACUUGCAUUGCAAAAAGCUCCCACUUAGUGUCCAGAGCACAAGACAUUCACAUUUUCAGGCCUGUAACCAACCGCGUGGAAGCUCACUUGGAGCUAAAUGCAUUCAGAAGGAAACAUGACUGUGCUUUGGUUAUAUCUGGAGACUCUCUGGAGGUCUGUUUGAAGUACUAUGAGCAUGAAUUUGUAGAACUAGCUUGUCAAUGUCCAGCUGUUGUAUGCUGCCGAUGUUCACCCACCCAAAAAGCUCACAUUGUGAAAUUGUUGCAACACCACACGGGGAAACGUACAUGUGCAAUAGGUGAUGGAGGAAAUGAUGUCAGUAUGAUCCAGGCAGCAGACUGUGGAAUUGGAAUUGAAGGAAAGGAGGGAAAGCAAGCGUCUUUGGCUGCUGACUUUUCUAUUACACAGUUUAAACACAUUGGCAGGCUACUGAUGGUACAUGGUCGAAAUAGUUACAAAAGAUCAGCAGCGCUUGGUCAAUUUGUCAUGCAUAGAGGCCUUAUUAUUUCAACUAUGCAGGCUGUAUUUUCUUCAGUCUUCUAUUUUGCAUCUGUUCCUUUAUACCAGGGUUUCCUAAUGGUAGGGUAUGCAACCAUAUACACUAUGUUUCCAGUCUUUUCUUUAGUGUUGGAUCAGGAUGUGAAACCAGAAAUGGCACUGCUAUAUCCAGAACUUUACAAAGACCUUACUAAGGGAAGAUCAUUGUCAUUUAAGACCUUCCUUGUCUGGGUGUUAAUCAGUAUUUAUCAAGGUGGCAUUCUGAUGUAUGGAGCUCUUCUGCUUUUUGAAUCUGAAUUUGUCCAUGUAGUUGCCAUUUCCUUCACGGCACUAAUCUUGACUGAACUCCUGAUGGUUGCACUUACCAUACGAACAUGGCACUGGUUAAUGGUAGUGGCUGAAUUCUUCAGUCUUGGCUGCUAUGUGGCCUCUCUUGCAUUUCUAAAUGAAUAUUUUGGUAUAGGCAGAGUGUCUUUUGGAGCUUUCUUGGAUUUUGCCUUUAUCACAACUGUGACCUUCCUGUGGAAAGUGUCGGCCAUCACCGUAGUAAGCUGUCUUCCACUUUAUAUUUUGAAGUACUUAAAACGUAAAUUUUCCCCUCCAAGUUACUCCAAACUUACCUCGUAAAAGUGACUGAACACCUUUGGGGGGUUUUCUCACCAACAUUACUUCAGCUAGAAAUUGCUUCAAGCUUACUCAUUCUACUUCAGUCUGAGAGAGGCUUCAAGAGAGAAAAAGGACAGCCAGUGAAAUGGAGCAAACAGCACACACACAAAAUGGGAACAUCUGAUGGGUGUUACAGUGAACUGUGUUAACAAAAACAUCCAGAAAAGAGAAAUUUCAAUUUAUAUGUGCCGCUUUUUCUAAACGUCUGAGUUAAUAGUGCUUCUAAAUUUAUUUAAUGGCUACUGUAAAGGAUUUAUUCCUAUUGCACUAUUUUUCUGCACAUGGGACUGAAAGUGUUUUCCCCAUAAAGUCAUAACUUCCCAACACACUGUUUCAUCAAAAUACUCAUUUAUUCCCAUGUGAACAAAAGUGUAACAAAACUAGAAAAUUGUAAAUGCCAUUGUCUGUAUUUGCUGCUACAUGUUAACUCUGAUAUAUGCACUGUAUGAAUUAUGUACAGAUGUCUGCAUAGCACAGUAUUAGUUUGGGAUCUGUGGUCCUUUUUUCUGUACUCUCCAUUGCUAGCUGCAUUAAGACAUGUAAUACCUGAAUAAUUGACAGCAGCUUUUGAAAUGCAUAUGGAGGCCAAGUUGCACAAAAUGUGUUGAAAAUAAACUUCUGUACAUAAUUCCAUUACACCUACUCUUCUGUACAGACUGCCCAAGAUUUUAAUAUUCACUAAAUGUUUUAUAAGCUCCUACCUGCUUUGUAUUUUUUAAAUGGCAUUUGCGUGUCAGCACAUUUCUGGACAUUUCAUAUAGAAAUUAACCUAAUACAGCUUAAUGAAAACAACCCAAUAGCACUUCUGUGCAGCCUUCAUUCCCUUUAGUGGGGGUUGCACACAAGCCCCACUGAAACAAAGAGAAGCUGUGUGACAGCCGUCCUCCUAGGCUUUGCCCAAUCCCCUCAACCAGUGAUUUGUCCUAGGUGCAGGAGUUCCCAUGUAUAGCUCCCCGUCUGAAAUAGUUUCCCCAUUAAUUUCAGUAGGGGGAGCUGGUCCCCCCAUACACACAAGCUCCAUGUGAGCAGAACUGUAUACAAAACUCUCAGUCAGGCAAGUAUGUGUAAAUUGCCUUGUAAUCUGUUUACUUAAGGUCACUCAGGUAAAAUAAUAAAAUUGACAUCUUAAUAAUGGUAGAAAAUCCAUCAUCUUCCAGACCAUAAUUUGUGUAUUUCUGAGUUAUUGCAAGAAAAGAAAAUGACACUCUCUAAUCUGCUGUAAUCUUGAAGGAUAAUUGUCUAAAUCCUAUGUACUGUAUCAUUAUGCAGGAUUAUUUUAAUUUUAUUUUUUGCCCUCAGUCUUCCCUUUUCCAAGAAAUGCAUGUACCAGGUUAGUCAGCAUAGUCAAUACCAGCUGAAAGAAUAGAAUUUAGCCAUGCUGCUUAACUGAGAAAAAUAAUUUGUUUGUACAUUUUAAGUACAUGAUUGUCUUUUAUAUUCUGUUAUACUGUUUUGUUAAACUUUCACAACAAAUCUCUUUUUGUAGUCCCUUAGAACCAGUCUCUAACACCCAUGUUGUUGUAUAAUGAUGCUAAAACUUAAACACUUCCAGAAAAGACUGUUGCAGAAUUAUUUGAGCUACAAUCCACUCAAUUUGUUUUUAAGAUGUUUAUCAGCUGAUCCUUCCUUUUAUUUUUAACCAUUCUUCAUUAUAAAAGCAAUAAAACCUAAUUUCUACCAAA